AUGGCUCUCUAUGCCGGCGGUCCUGUGACGAAACGGUUGGAUUUGUUUGGGGGCUGUAGGCUGGUCCCCUGUUUUGUCUCGAGUCCUGAAGAAGUAACUUGGAGCUAAUUUUUCUGUUCAUAGGCCUUGGGAUUCGAGUGAAUGGACAGCACAGGACGAUACCGUGAGAGGAGGAAAUUCUACUGUAUGUUACUAUGGCCUGCUCUUGGGGGCUGGAGGGGGCUGACUGCAACUUCUAGUCUACAUUGUUUAUUCCUCCCAGUGGUGUCUGCGCAGCCUUCUCAGGAAGCCUCGAUGCCAAAACUCUAGGCGGCACUGGCUUUGCCAGUCAGAGAACCACCGGGGAGUGCAUUUGGGACUUGAGUGAAUACCAAGGCAUUGAGCUUUUUGUUAAGCUUGAGGGUUGUGAGGAUAUACCAUCGAUAUCUAGUGAUCCUCGUAAGUUCGCUCCCACACCUUGUCUCUUUAUAGCUGACACAGGGUUUGUGGAUUGUUUCGUCUGUAGCGGCAAUCAAGACCUACUCGCUCAAUAUAAGGGACCUUCUACCUGACACAUAUAUUGAGAAAGGUACUGUCCGUGAGAACUCUACGUUGGAAUACGAAGCUACUUUCACCCCCUCAGAGGGCCUCUCUUCAGAUGGGGAACGAAUUCUGCUUCCGUUCGAGAGGUUUGAGGCUACUUAUCGGGGGCGUCCUCAAAAUGGCACCGAACUGAAUCUGUCUAACAUUCGCCGGUUCUCACUCAUGGCUAGAAGGUGAUAAAGCGCUGGCGCGCCUUACUGAGCAUGUUCUGACGGAUUCUAGUUUCUUCGGCUCCCAAGAAGGUGAAUUUAGACUGGUCCUGAUUUCCAUCUCGGCUGUGAAGGUCCGGCCGGUGCCUUGGGCACCGACCUGGAUGUCUUCAAGGGGGGCUUAAACUGGAUUCAAUGAUCCUUACGACGAGCUGGAUGAUCCUGGGCACUCUUUUGUGGAUAGGGGCUCUUCGAGAACGCGAGGUAUAUGGGGAUGCCAUUUGCGGUAAUAACUUGUUCCUGGGGCUGGUUCACUAGAUGAAUGGAAGCAAAUGGUGAUGGAGUGAGCUUCAUGGGAUGGGUCCUUUGUUCUGUGACUUCCCUAGGGCUUAAGCUGGUCGGUAUCAUAUCCAUUCUCUUCCGAGGGCAAAGGAGGAGACGGUGUAUUAUGCCUUAUUCUUGUUUAUCACCACUGGGUUAGCACCAGUUUGCCUCA